AUGAAUUAAAGUUUACUUCAUCUAAUUGAAAUAGCAAAAUAACAUAAAAAUUAUUUUGAUGAAAACUAUUUAGAUGAUAUGAUUGCAUCUUGUAGAUAAAAUGCUUAAAAUGAUCGAUACUUAAUUUUAUUUUUGAUCAAAAUUUGGUAAAAUAAUGAAGAAUUCUUGGGAUAUAGAUUUAAGCAAUGGGUAUAACAACAUAAAGUUUUUAAUUAAAAAUCAGCUAUUGAUUUAUUAAAAAAUGGUUUUGUUCAUGAAUGCAUCUAAAAUUUUGAAUAAAAUUUAUCCCGCAAUGCUUUUGAAGCUAUUAAAAAGCAUAAUUUUUUUCCAAAAAUUGAUACUUUAUAAUAAUAAGAAAGUUUUAAAAGAGUAAAAGAAAACUUAAAAUAAUAUGAUGAUCAAACUUUAAAUUAAAUAAAUAAAAUUUUAUUAGGUGAUAUAGAAUCGAUUCUUAAGGAAUCUAAAUCAGAUUGGAUCUCAUUUGUUAUGCUCUAUGUUUAGUUUUGUGAUUAUAAAAUUAAACCUUAAGACAUGUCUAGGAAUUUAAGAUAAUUACAUUUCCCUAUUGAAUAAGAAAACAACAAUCUUAUGUAAUUAUUUGGAGAAAUUGUGUUAAGAUCAGAAAAUGUAUAUAUUAUUAAUUGUUUACUAAAAUAUGAUAAACAUUUAACUUAUUUUCUAUAUUUGUAUUUUGAAAAUAAAGGAUAAGAUUAACUUAGAUCAUAAUUUGAAAUAUAUGUAUUAAAUUAUGUUAUUUAAAUUUUAGAAAAGCAAAUUUUAGUUAAUCAGAACCAUACUUGAAGAUAUUCCAAAUGAUAUGAAGUUUGAAGAUGAGUUCUUAUACUUUUUUGAAGAAAUUUCAGAUAUUAUUAAAAUGUUAAGAAAACUUAGAAAUACUGAGUUUGAAUAGGAGUAUUAAGAUAUUUGCGAUACUAAAAUUAAAGGAAUUAUAAUUUCAUCAAGCAAUUUUAGGAAAAGUAUGGAAUCUUCUAAUUUUAGUUAUGAACUUUGUUCAGAAAAUUGAAAAAUUUUAAUAAGACUAUUAAGCAGCUAUAGUACUUGAAGCCUUAUUAUAGAAACUAUUCAGUCAACAUUUAUUGCCAUUAGAAGAUAAAGAAAAUGCUUUAAAUAUAAUAAUUGAAAAGUUUUUUUAUUAAGAAACUUUUAGACAUUUAAUUAAAUAAGAAAUAAACUAUCAAAUCAAUAAUCCUUACUUUGAUGAAGUAUUUAAAGACUUUUUAAAUAAUUUUUCAUUUUAACAAUACAGAGAAUAUUUUUAAUAAGAAUUAAUUAAGCUUUAAUUUAAAUUUGGAUUAAAAUUGUAUGAUUUACAAUUAACAAAUAAUAUUGAAUAUCCUGAGUUUCUUAUCAUGAAUAUAUCCUAAGAAUUUAUAAGGAAUGUUACAUAAUCUGAUGAUUCUUUUAAAAUGAAGAUGAAGAUAAUUUUGAGUACUUUGUUAGAUUAAUGUUAAGAUAUAGAAAAUGAAAUAUUGAAUAACAGGAAAAAUAUCAUUAGACUCUUAAUAAGAAGAUUGUGA